AUGCUAGCUAGGUACUAUGAGGCAUUCAAUGAGAUACAUGAUUGCCCAACCAACCUAGAUAUCACUCAAUACAGGCGGGGUCUACCAGUCAGACAUAGGCUGAGAGAUUUCCUCACAAUGAUUCAACCCCCAAUGUUAGAGUUGUUGAUGCAAAGGAUCAAUGAGCACAUAAGGGUUGAAGAUGAUGCGGUGGCCAAUAUCGUGAAGAGAAAUCGAGUAGUAACGGACAGAAAGAUUGUGGGAAAGGUUCAUGUUGUCGAACAUGAGGAAAACUAUCUAGAUAGCUACAAGAGAGAGCGGAUUCGCGAUCCCCGUCAUGACAAAAGUCGCUACAACAACCAAGCUCACAAUCCUCAGGAUGAAGAGGAAGAGGCUCGACUAAGCGAUACUCAACGGAGAUUCAAUUCGAGGUUCUACUGCACCUUCCACAAUGAGAAAGGGCAUCGCAUGGAGGAUUGUGUGCCUCUAAAGCAACAUUUAGAGGAAUUGGUAGUCGUUGGGCAUCUCGAUAGAUACAUUGAUGGAAGCGUCAGGGCAAUACCUUUAAGGCAAGCCGAACCUGAUGGCUUGGGUGUCAUGGACGCCCCACCCUAG